ACGCUGGUCGACUGCCUCCACUCCUUCUGCAAGGUGUGCAUCGUGCGCUACCUGGACACCAGCAAGCUGUGCCCCAUCUGCGACGUGCCGGUCCACAAGUCCAGGCCGCUCAGCUGCCUCAGGGUGGACAAGACCCUGCAGGACAUCGUCUACAAGGUGGUUCCGGGACUCUACCAAAGGGAGAUGAAGCAGCGCCGGGAGUUCUAUGACCAGUACCCCAACGCAGCUGUCAAAGUGGCCUGCCUCGAGGACCGCGGCGUGCUGGACGCCUCUACCAGGCUCAUCUUCAGCCCCCAAGACACCGUGAGCGUGUCCCUCGAGUACUUCACCGGCCCGACGGAGACCCUUGAACCGGAAGACGACGGCAAAGAGGGCGUUGCCGACCCUGCUGAUGGCGCGGGCAAGGAAGACCGGAGGCAGCGACGGUUUCUCAGCUGUCCCGCCGCCUUUACCGUGAACCACCUGCGGAAGUUCCUCCGCACCAAGUACGCCCUGGCGCCCAGCCUCAAGAUUGACAUCCUGCACAUGGACGACGUUCUCUGCGACAGUUACUCACUCAUGGACGUGGCCUACAUCUACGCCUGGAAGAGGGAGUCUCCCCUACGCCUCGCAUUCCGGGUGUACUCCCAUCCUGCAAAGCGGCCGGCGCCGGCGGACGGCCCGGUAGACGUCGACGGGAGGAACUGCAGCGUGGACCCGGCCGGGCAGCAGCAGUGCCUCCAGGAACAUGUGACGGCUCCCUCUCGACCGGCGCCGGAAUCUUCGGCGGCGGCCAGCGUGGAGGGAGACGUCGCCCAGAGCUCCGCGAGUCCGGAGAAGGACCCGGGACCUCCUGCGCUGGUGCCAAGGGACGUCUUGCCGGCGGAGGAGGCUGCGGACGCUGCCGUUCCGUCCGUCGUUCCCGCUACGGAAACGCGCCGACCGGAGACGCCGGACGUGACGACGGCGACAGAGAAAGCGGCUGCCCCUGGGAGUGCCCAAGCAGCGGCUCCCAUCUGGUCGUCCUCUUCGCAGCAGGAACAGCGGCAGAAGGUGGCGGAGCCUGUCACUGAAAGUGCCCCCACCCUGUCUAAGAUGAUCCUCAGCAGCAUCCUGGACAGGAGCAGCAACAAGAUCACCAUCCAGACAAAGGAGGUGCCCCCGGCGGUGGCGCAGGCCAUGUCCCCGCCCCGUUCCCCGCAUUCCAGGAAGUGCAGGCGCAAGGAGCAGCGGGACGCCGAGCGGACGCUGCAGCACGUCAGGCACCAGGGACGGCCCCCGGACAGCCAUGAUACCCAGGGGCCCCGGCGCUCCCGGAGCCGCUCCCCGGAGCGACCAGACGGGGCAACGCCGGUCACAAACCCGAGGCUGGACGGCGCCGCGGCCGACCGCCGUGUGUGCCAUUCUGCUUCGCCCGACAGGCUGCUUCCCGAGACCACGUCGCUCCUGGAAGCGACCCAGCAGAGCCAGAGCCUCGCCGGCAAGGGCUCUGGGCCCGGCAUCCGCGGUCUGCCCGCGUCUCCGCCCCGGGCGCACCCGCAGACCCCGAGGACCUCUCCCGAAACCCCACUCGUCCCGAGCGCCAUGAAGGGCGAAGAGGACACACGACCUCUGGACCUCACUGUGUCUCACCGCGGCCUGCCGGCGCCGGCGCCCGUGCGCAGGCCUGUUGGGCGGCCGCCCCUCGCACUCCCUCCGAUGUGCACACCGGGGACCGCCAAGGGGACAGCCUCGCCCUCCCCGCACCGCAGGGCGGCGGCGGCGUCCCCCGCGGUGUCGCUGUACCAGAAGCCGGCCGUGGCGGUCAACGAGGCCGCCACGUCUCCGCCCCUGUCGCAGCAGCACCACCACCACCACAACCACCACCGGAGCAGCAGCAGGGGCUUUCUCAAGGGCGCCAACCUGACGUGCAUCAACCCGGACCCGGACGCCUUUCACCCGCGCAUCGUCAUCAAGAACCUGCAAAAGCGCGCUUCUGGCCCCAGCCUCCACCGGAUGUGAGGCCGCGUUGCUGUGCUUGCCCUCUCUCUCGGAUAGACGGCGCGGCUCGCUUUGACCUGCGUCUACUCUCUAGUCCCUUGCCUGGUGUGUGUCUGCUACUUGCGAGCGCGUACGCGGAGCUGUCGUGGUUUGCGCGAGACGGCACCGUUUGUUUGUGCCUGUGAAUGGAUGGAAGUCGUUGUGGCGUCACCCGGAAGACAUCUGGAUACACAGACCGUGCCGCUCGGAACGGAUUCGUCGAGGUGCAUCCGGCAUGUGUGUCGUGUGUUCGCGGACGAUCACGUGCACCCUGCCCUCCCUUCGUGACCCGCCAACAAGUGGAGCAGUCCUGACGUCCGUCAGGACUGCUUCGUGUGCGCGCUACGAUGCUUGGGGGGGGGGGGGGGGGGGGGGGGGCGGCAAGAAUGUGCGUGAGAUUCCUGUCCUGCGUGAGUGUGUUCGACACGAGGAAUAUGUGCCUCCUGGAUUACGCUGGAUUAAGCCGGAUUACCUAUCAUCAUCUUACGCGGUUCUCGUGAACCUCAAGCGUGCUUGUGGGAAAAAUUUUUUCCUGAUUUUUUUCAACAAACUGUUUGAUGAAGAGUAGUUGGAGAAAUGUCUUUAUACGUAAAUAGUGACUGCACGCCGAAUGGAAUAGUAACGCGAAUAUACGUGUAGUGGCUGCACUGCACCAAGAUUGUGCAAUAUUUCGAAUACGCGCCAUUCUUAAACUGAGUCAUUUUAAAAGGAGGCACUGGAAGUAUUGUGCGGGGUUUACGUCGGCCGCUUUGCACGUAAUGGUCACUUUUAAUGUAGAGUAAGGACACGCAAGAAGUUUAUGAACAUGGUUACAGUUGCUGCGUGCAGUCUCGCAUAGGCUUCAUUUGGGUGGUUUUCUUGGCCAUAAGAUUACUGAACUGAGAAGGCCAUGACAUCAUAAACAUAGACGUUGUGUACUCGUAGGCAUAGAAGGACGUCCAAACGAUUAUUUGAAAAUGGCCGGACGUGCCGGCCACUUUCGGUCGGUUAUUAAUGACCUUGUUGCGUGAAUAAAA